AGUCAGUGUAUCGCUAGUCGGAGCUCUCGGAGCUCUCUGUGUUUUCUAACGGGGGUGAAAGGCGAGCGGCUCCCGCUGACAGUCACUCCGACCCCGGGCAACACAAACUCCGAGAGCAAGGCUGCAGCAGGGCUGUCCCUGGCUAUCAUGGAUGACCGCUCGUCUCUGGGCAAAGUGAGCGGCUCCACUGAAUCCGUGUCCACAGUCACCAGUGAGGAGUUUGUGCUGGUGCAGCCCGGAGCCGAAGGCUCUCCAUCUAGCUCAGAAGGCCGGCCAAGACUUAAGAUGUCCUGGAACGGAAGUGAGCAGCUGGAGAGGGCAAUGGAGGAAGUGCUGGAGGAUGAGCUGGGGAGAGAAGAAAGGAGAGGGAUGCCAGAGGAGUCUAGAGAGAGCUCGCAAGAUUCAGGAGCUCCCAGGCCACAGAAGAGGCCUCCUAGCUUGGUGCUGAAUACAACACCUAGUGAAGCCACAGUGGGCAGUCCAGUCAUUCCAGAGGAGGACAGUGUGCAGUUCAGUAAGCUGUCUUACCUGGGCUGCACCUGGGUGAAGUUCCCACGUAGUGAGCCCGAGGCCCAGAAGGCCAUGGCCACACUGCGGGCUGAAAGUCCUGGCCCCAUCCCCAUCACUCUUCAUGUACCAAACGGCCCAGACGGCUGUGUCAGGAUUGUUGAUCAGGCCUCUGGCACAGAGAUCGCCUCCUUCCCCAUCUAUAAAGUGCUGUUCUGUGCCCGAGGGAAGGAGGGUUCAUUAGAAAGUGACUGCUUCUCCUUCACUGAAAGCUACCGCAGCUCAGAGGACUUCCAGAUUCAUGUCUUCUCCUGUCAUAUCAAAGAGGCUGUGAGCCGAAUUCUUUAUAGCUUUUCGACGGCCUUCAAGCGUUCGUCCAAAGCUGCUACAGAUGGCCGUGAGUUGUCCUUGCCUCAGUCACCUGACAGCGACGUCUUCACUUUCACUGUAUCCCUGGAGGUGCGGGAGGAUGACGGCAAAGGCAACUUUAGCCCCGUCCCUAAAGAUAGGGACAAAUACUACUUCAAGUUGCGGCAGGCUGUGCAAAAGAAAGUGGUGGUUACAGUGCAGCAGAUCUCAAACAAGGAACUGGGUAUAGAGAGGUGUUUCGGCAUGUUGCUCAGUCCUGGGCAGAAGGUACGGAACAGUGACAUGCACCUAUUAGACAUGGAGUCCAUGGGGAAAAGUGCUGAUGGGAAGGCCUACGUGAUCACUGGCACAUGGAAUCCUAACACGCCUGCUUUUCAAGCUCUCAAUGAGGACACGCCAAAAGACAAGCAGGUGUAUCUUACAGUGGCUGUGGACCUAGUGGUAACUGAGGUAGUAGAGCCGGUUCGGUUCCUGCUGGAGGCACUGGCCAGAGUGUAUCCAGCCAACGAGAGGUUCUGGUACUUCAGCAGAAAGACUUUCUCUGAGACAUUCCACCUCCAGCUCAAACAGGGCAUUGAGAAGGGCAGCCAGGGAGAUGCCAUGUUUGAGGUGGUGAGCCUCCAGAGGCACUCGGAUCGGGUGGGAGGAGGACGAGGCCGCCUGCAGUCCCCCACUGAGGAAGAGGAGCAGGAGGAAGAUAGUGACAGUGAAAUCUCCAGUGGUACCGGCGAUGUGUCUAAAGACUGCCCUGAGAAGAUUUUGGAGUCCUGGGGUGGAAUCCUCAACAGAUGGCACGGGAACCUGUCCACUCGGCCUAAGGGGCUGUCUGCGCUGGUGAGGCCCGGAAUCCCCGAGGCGCUUCGGGCUGAAGUCUGGCAGCUCCUAUCUGGCUGCCAGGACGACCAGGCCCUGCUGGAACGCUACCGCAUUCUCAUCACUAAGGACUCUGCUCAGGAGGGAGUCAUCACCAGAGAUAUCCAUCGUACCUUCCCUGCUCAUGACUACUUUAAGGAUUCGGACGGUGAUGGUCAAGAUUCCCUCUACAAGAUUUGCAAAGCUUAUUCUGUAUAUGAUGAGGAGAUUGGAUAUUGCCAAGGCCAGUCGUUCCUGGCUGCUGUAUUACUGUUGCAUAUGCCAGAGGAGCAGGCUUUCUGCGUGUUAGUGAAGAUCAUGUAUACGUAUGGACUCAGGGACCUUUACAAGAACAACUUUGAGGAUCUGCACUGCAAGUUCUACCAGUUGGAGCGCCUGAUACAGGAGCAGCUGCCAGAGUUGUGGUCUCACUUCCAGGAUCUGAACCUGGAGGCCCACAUGUAUGCUUCGCAGUGGUUCCUCACACUCUUCACAGCCAAGUUCCCCCUCUGCAUGGUCUUCCACAUCACUGACCUGCUGCUCAGUGAGGGCUUGAACAUCAUCUUCAAUGUGGCACUGGCUCUACUGAAGACAUCCAAGGAGGACCUGCUCCAGGCUGACUUUGAGGGUGCGCUGAAGUUUUUCCGGGUUCAGCUCCCCAAACGCUACAGGUCGGCGGAAAAUGCUCGCAGACUCAUGGAGCAGGCCUGCAACAUCAAGGUGCCAACUAAGAAGCUGAAGAAGUUUGAGAAGGAGUACCACACGCUUAGAGAGAGCCAGCUACAGCAGGAGGAUCCCAUAGACAGAUAUCAGAGGGAGAAUCGGCGCCUGCAGGAAGCCAGCAUGCGUUUGGAGCAGGAGAACGAUGACCUUGCUCACGAGCUCGUCACCAGCAAGAUAGCACUGAGGAAUGACUUGGACCAGGCGGAGGACAAGGCUGACGUGCUGAACAAAGAGCUGCUGAACACCAAGCAGCGGCUGGUAGAGACGGAGGAGGAGAAGAGGAGACAGGAGGAAGAGACUGCUCAGCUGAAGGAGGUGUUCAGGAGGGAGCUGGAAAAGGCAGAGAGUGAGAUUAAGAAGACGACGGCCAUCAUUGCUGAAUAUAAACAGAUUUGCUCUCAGCUGAGCACCAGGCUAGAGAAGCAACAGGCCUCCACCAAAGAGGAGCUGGAUAUAGUCAAGAGUAAAGUGAUGGCGUGUGAGCGCUGUCGGGAGGUGUUUAGUAAGGACGGACCGCUGCACAUCCCUGCAGUGACGCAGGAUAACCGUGACUCGGAUGUGGACGAGGAGAAGGACUCUCUGAAGGCUCAGCUCCGAGAGCUGGAGCUGGAACUGGCCCAGACCAAACUGCAGCUGGUGGAGGCCAAGUGCAAAAUCCAGGAGCUGGAGCACCAGAGAGGAGUGCUGAUGAACGAAGUCCAAGCUGCCAAAAACUCCUGGUUCAGUAAAACACUGGGAUCCCUCAAGACUUCAGCCAGCAGUCAGCCCCCCUCCUCACCCAAAGAGGGCCAGUAGGACUCAUACAGGCCUCAGCCAAUGAGGGGAGAGUAGAUCCUCUGCCUGGCCAGUGCGAAGGGAGACGAGGCCUCCUGAACACUACUAAAUAACAAACAAGGCAAUGCAGUAUCCCCUCUCAGGGUGGGACACAGGUGAAGUACAGAGUGACCACCUGACCUGUUCUCCCAAGGCUAAAGUGGGAUUCAGCUACCACCACCAAUGACAUUGCUUGAUGUGUAGGCAGCUGAAUCAUUUGUUUGUGGAAACUAACUUUGACACGUGGCAAAGCAUCGCGGAUUUUAUGCUUUUUAUUGUUGUAGAAACUAAAUUAGUUUCUCAACCGUGUCAAGAACCCAUUUCCCAUGAUGGGUCUUCUAGCAUUAACACUAUGCACAGUACAGCCUGUAGCCAUAGCAGAGAGUGGGCAGUGUCUAAAUUAAUGAAACAGUACUGCAGCUUGAGCUUGCCUUCUCAUUCAGUCAUGUUUACUGUGAGCGGAAUAAAGCUACUAACAAGAAAAUGUUCUAAUAUAGAAAAAUAAGCAGUGCUUAAUUCAUCUACACUUUAUUCUAAGUUUUUUUUUAUUAUUUCAGAGAGGGGAUACUGCAUUCAGGUUAAAAUAUUGUCUUUUCUAUAUAGUAAUUAAUGUAAUUGUCCUGUGUAUAACUAAAUGUUAAAUCUUUUUUAUCUUGUACAGUUUUUUUUCUUUUAAAUAAUUUUUGGAUUUGAAUGUUACUUUUGUAAAUAUUAACAGCUAAAAAAAGCACAGUGUUCAAAGCAGUUGACCAUCUGUAACCGUGAUUACAUUCCGGCCUUGUUAUUAUUUCAAUAAUCCCAUGCAACCAUGUCCACACAGCCUAUAAGAGCAGGGUUCUCAAGAUUAUUGAACACCAGUAAGUCCAGGCUUACGUUUUUUAUUUUCUGCUGAGAAAGUGCAGCCCGGCUCUUUACUUUACAGUGGUUCACAUACAGUGCAAGCCAUUUAAACAUAUCCACACACAGACUAAAGGGGAGCGAGUGCUUUUCUAUACCAGGGGCUACAAAUGUGCCAAGAAUUCUUAGUAGAUGUUUCCCUGCAGGCUGCUUUGAGUGCGCCUGGUUUGGUCAGUUUGUCUUUGGGACAAUAGAAAUCCUGUGGUGAAGAGGCUGGAUUCUCACCUUCAUCUGUACAUAAAAGUGGUCGUGUUGUCUUACUCAGAAGAUUAAUCUUGGCUGAGAACGUUUUACUUUCAUUGCUGCCAUGUGCAGUACAGCUGUGGGGUGAACAGAACUGUAGUUUUGUUUCAGUUGGUUACCAACUACUCGUCUAUAUCAAUGUUUCUUGAAUGGUUGUCAUAUGUGGUCUGAAGCCCAUCAUGAUUUCUAAAUCGCAUGGAACGCACACUAACAAAACGUCCUUAUCGUGAAUACACUUUCAUCAUUCAUUUCCAUUGUUGUUAUCUGUACUUAUCUAUUUUGUAAUUUCUGAAAGUUUAUGUACAGCCAAGCAUCUGUUUAAUAUGGACUAAUACAAAAGCAGUCGAUUACUAGAUUACGAGGCGCAGAUGUUCCUUCUCAGUUAUUAAAGGUUUAUCAUUUGCACUGUCCCGUCCAGUUGGUAUCUUGAGACGUUACUUGACAAAUAAAUGUCUGGCUCUUGUUCUGUUUAAUGACUUCUA